CCAAUAAAAUCCUUAAUUCAACCUCAGCUCGAACUAAACCAGAGCGUCCACUCUGUCCUGUCGUUCCCUGCGUCUGUGUCCGAUAGCUGUGGAUUGCUCUUGCUCCGCCCCCGCGUUCACCCCGUCGGCCAGAGCAACGAGCAACGUUGAACGAGCUCUCUACCCCUUACGUAACGAGUGGGAAGGAAUCAUGAUUUGCUCCUAAUUUCCAGUUACUAAUUCUUGUUGAAGAGGAGGCGACAAGGAUCAAAUUCUGGAAUCUCCCUAAUUUUCAUAUAUUUUCUUCAGCAUCAGAAUUUAUAUAGGAUUUUAUUUAAGCUGAGUGUCACGGACCCCCAAAAUGGGACUCAAGUAAGGGCCGUGGGGCACUCGUUGAGAGCUCUCCCUCGACAAGUCAGCCAACUCUCACACGUUCAAGCCUGCAAGCACGAGCACCAGUCCCAGAGCAGCCAGGGAGGUCCCAAACAUGCAGACUCUGCUACACCUUUUAAGACCCAAACCAUUAAACACAUCAGUCCACAAACUUCCAUUGGUAUUUGCACCUACACUUUGCAAGUCCACUCCCUAUUUUAGACCUUUUUCAUCAAAAUCUUCCAACAAUGAUGACAAUGAAUGGAAUGAUGCCUGGGAGUCAGCUUGGCUCCCUGAAGACCUUUCUGCGAAGAGCAGAGCUCCUUGGGAAACUGAUGUCAAUUUUCAGUCUAUGGACUCAACUUUGGUUUUGCCAUCAGAAGUUGAUGCAGAGACGAAGGCAUUUGUUGAGGACAUGAAUGAGAAUUGGAAUGAGAGAAGGAAACCUCCCAAGGCCCAGCUACAGCAGCAGCAGCAGCAGAAUGAAGGCUCACUUUACGGUGUGGAAAACAUAAAGAGGGAUUACAGGUUAAAGAAGCAGAGGAUUCAUGCUGGGUUAUGGAUGAAAGAGAUUGAGAAGCAGGAGGAAGCUAAGUUGGGAGAUUCGAGUGCAGGUGGUGGAGAUGAUAUUGAUAGAUUGCUUGAUAGCUGCUCUGAGAUCUUUGACUCCCCCAACAAUGAUAUAACCAAUUCAAAAGUUCCAAGCACUUCUGAGUUCAAAACCAAGCCAGAUGGUUGGGAAACAAUAUCAAAGUCUCCAGAUGGAAAUAUAUGGGAGAUGUCACAGAGGGAAGAGGACAUACUUCUCCAAGAAUUUGAGCGUCGAAUUGCAUUCUGCAAAUUUCAGAUUGCUAGUUUUAUCAAGACCCACAUAUUUAGCCGGAGGAGACCAAUUGAUGGGUGGAAAUACAUGAUAGAGGAGCUGGGGCCAAAUGCCAGAAAAGGGAAAGGCAGUGUUUCAAGGUUACCCAGUUUGUCUGAUGCAUCAACUCAGCCUUUCAAGGAGGAGAAGACACUCACCGGUAGUAGUCCCACAUCCUUUAUGGGGAUGGGGAGGUAGUACUGUGAAUUAUGUCUUCAGUCGCUAUAGUAAAAAAUGGUUAUCCAAGGGGAAAGUUUCUUGGAUCAGGAUAUGCUUUCUCUUCUCUGGGAGAGAAACAAAUGGAGCUUAUUUGUGAAGGGCCACUUGUUUCUAUUUCUUAAGUGGUUUUUGAAAGUUGCACGCUCAGAUUGGAAUUUAGAAUGUUAAUCCAAAAUGUGUCUCCAUAAAACGGGAGAGAUGGAAGUCUUGUGAGGAGUUCACAAGGGUGUGGAGAUGUUGGAAGAAUGGAACAACAUCAAAUUUGGUAGGGAACGAUGAGAUGAAUCAUGAUGUGCAUGAUUAUCAAUUGAUGUAAGAAUAUAUAAUGUCUUUGCUUUUGAGAGAGGGAGAGGGAGAGAGAGAGAGGUUAGAUAAAUAUUAUUCUAGCAAUUGUUACCGCCAAAUUGACUUGAGACGGAUUUGGGUUAGAUUGGAUCUUCUUUCUUUCCUUUCUCC